AUGAAUGUUAAUCCACAACCACAUUUAAUCAUACCAUUGAAUCUAAUGCCAAUCAUGCAUACACUGCUAACUAGUAAGCAGCAACCACCACCUCUCACCAAUGAAGAAGAAGAGACUGCAUGGAAAAUGGCCAAAGAGUAUCGUAUCUCGGUGUAUCGGUUCCCGGGACCCCUUGCCAGCACUGCACGUGCAUUGCAAGGGGCACAGAAACACUUCUUUAAGAAGUUGUUUACCUUCAAGGAAACACCACAACACGCCAUCGUCGAGGAUGAAGCUGUUAUAUACCCACUCGACGAGAUUGACCGUGAGCGUAUCGUCUUUUAUCAGGGAUCGUUGCUCGAUCUGUUGACGGACCGGUCACUCAAGAAACAUGUCCACGAUGAGACCCGUAUUCGUUGGAAUCAAGUAGGUCGACAAAUCAAGGUCAUGUCGUCAAAGUUCCGUGCCACUUUGAAGCGUAUGGGUGGUGUUGCACCUGCUGAAGAAGAGGUUACUGCGGUAGCUAACCCUAGCAACGACGAAGCGUCUGAAGGAGAGUCUGGUACGACUGAAUCCAGCUUGGACACACAAGAUGCCAGUGCUAUGAUUGUGCCACGCGCAUCCAAGGAACCCGUCCCUCUCAUCACCAUCAUGGAACCACUCGCAGCAUACAACUACACCACCGACUAUACACCACCUGCCUACGAUGCACAAGGUUCUAAACCUGCUGCAGCAGCUGUCCCCAUGGUAGUCGAACCACAAGAACCAGCAUCACCCGAACAAUCAACAACAACUCCAUCCUCUCCACUUCCCAAACCAUCAAGCCAAACCGAAUCAACUCCAACCCCAACCUCGACCUCUACCACUACUACACCUCGUGCCGCUGCUGCUGCUGCCGCUGCUGCAUCUAAAUCCAACGCCAACAAUACCAAUACCUCUACCUCUACUACAACAACCACGCCACAAAUUACUAGACAACAACACCAACAGGGUUCAAAGGCAGUUUCAUCUCCAGUCGUCCCUAAACACCAGCCAUAUGGAGGGUCACCCAAAAUCACCAUUGUCAAUGGUAACAACAAACAACAACCACCACCUACUCUACAACAACUCAAACCACCUCUACAACCACAUCAUCAUCAUCAUCAUAGCAACAACAACAAUAAUGUAAAUUCAUCAUCCUAUCAAAAUAUUUCUGCUCCACCCGAGAGAACACCAGAAGAGGUUGCUCGAUUGGCUGCGAGAUCAAGAGAGUUGAGGAAACAAAAAAUGAUAGACUUUGUUUCGACUCCACCUCCACCAGUCCAACAAAAUAUCAUCCGUCUCACAGACCAAAGCAAACAAAUUACACAAAUUCAAGAAAUGAAGAAUACAUAUUUGACCAUGAAUAGAAUUGAUGAUAGUUUUUAUAAUAGAGGCAAGAUACCAUUUUUUAAAUUAAUUUCAAAUACAACUAAUAUAAUUAAUCAAAGUAAUAAUAAUAAUGAUGAUAAUAAUAAUAAUAAUAAUAAUAAUGAUGAUAAUAAUAAUAAUAAUAAUAAUAAUAAUAAUUCACGACAACCUACUUCUUCAAUUGCAUCUUCUUUCAAAAAAUAA